CGCGGCGCGGGCACUGGGCGAGCGCGGGGGGCGCUGGUGUGCCCGCUGCUGCGUUUUCUUGCCGGCAGCUCCGCCCGCUGCGGCGAAUGCGGCUCGGACCCGGGCCGUGGCGGGAGGGAAGAUGCCACAGCCCGAGUCCCGAAAGGCCGGGGUCCUGCGCUGCCGGCGUCGGGGAAACUGAAAAUGGCCCUUCAGCUAUGCUAGGUCUAUAAUGGGAAGUGUCACAGUUCGAUAUUUCUGUUAUGGAUGCCUUUUUACAUCUGCAACCUGGACGGUUUUGCUUUUUGUUUAUUUCAACUUCAGUGAAGUGACUCAGCCACUUAAGAAUGUGCCCAUCAAGGGGUCUGGGCCCCAUGGACCAUUCCCCAAAAAAUUUUAUCCCCGUUUCACUCGAGGUCCAAGUCAAGUGUUAGAAUCACAGUUCAAAGCAAACAAAAUUGAUGAUGUGAUAGAGAAUCAUAUUGAAGAUCCAGAAAGAGGCAACAUGAAGUUCUCUUCUGAACUGGGUAUGAUUUUUAAUGAACGUGAUCAGGAGUUGAGAGACUUGGGGUAUCAGAAACAUGCCUUCAAUAUGCUUAUUAGUAACCGCUUGGGCUACCAUAGAGAUGUGCCAGAUACAAGGAAUGCAGCAUGUAAAGACAGGUCUUACCCGACGGAUCUGCCAGUCGCUAGUGUUGUUAUUUGUUUCUACAACGAAGCCUUUUCUGCCUUGCUCCGGACCGUGCACAGCGUGCUAGACCGCACUCCAGCCCGGCUUCUUCACGAGAUUAUCCUCGUGGACGACGACAGUGACUUCGAUGAUGUAAAAGGAGAACUAGAUGAAUACAUCCAAAAAUACCUCCCUGGAAAGAUUAAAGUAAUAAGAAAUACAAAACGUGAGGGAUUGAUUCGAGGAAGAAUGAUUGGAGCAGCCCACGCAACAGGAGAAGUCCUGGUGUUCCUGGACAGCCACUGCGAGGUGAAUGUGAUGUGGCUGCAGCCCCUGCUGGCUGCCAUCCGGGAGGACCGGCAAAUGGUGGUGUGCCCGGUGAUCGACAUCAUCAGCGCUGACACGCUGGCCUACAGCUCGUCCCCUGUGGUGCGGGGAGGAUUCAACUGGGGGCUGCACUUCAAAUGGGACCUCGUUCCCCUUUCUGAGCUCGGAGGAACAGACGGAGCUACUGCACCAAUAAAGUCACCUACAAUGGCUGGAGGAUUGUUUGCCAUGAACAGAAACUAUUUCAGUGAACUUGGACAGUAUGACAGUGGCAUGGAUAUCUGGGGAGGAGAAAAUUUAGAAAUAUCAUUUCGGAUUUGGAUGUGUGGAGGUAAGCUCUUCAUCAUCCCUUGCUCUAGAGUUGGACACAUUUUCCGGAAAAGGCGACCAUAUGGUUCUCCAGAGGGCCAGGACACCAUGACACACAACUCCUUGCGGCUGGCACAUGUUUGGUUGGAUGAAUAUAAGGUGAGAUUAAAUCUCUCACCGAGAAGGAUGGAUGAUAAGGAGCAGUAUUUUUCCUUAAGACCUGAUCUGAGAACCAGAAGCUAUGGAAAUAUCAGUGAGCGUGUUGAAUUGAGGAAGAAGUUGGAUUGUAAAUCAUUUAAAUGGUAUUUGGAUAAUAUUUACCCAGAGAUGCAGAUAUCUGGGCCCAAUGCCAAACCCCAGCAACCCAUUUUUAUCAAUAGAGGGCCAAAACGCCCCAAAGUCCUCCAACGUGGAAGGCUCUAUCACCUCCAGACCCACAAGUGUCUGGCGGCCCAGGGCCACCCAAGUCAGAAGGGAGGCCUAGUAGUGCUUAAGGCGUGUGACUACAGUGACCCAAAUCAGAUUUGGAUUUAUAAUGAAGAGCACGAAUUGGUUUUAAAUAAUCUCCUUUGCCUGGAUAUGUCAGAAACUCGCUCAGCAGACCCACCACGACUCAUGAAGUGCCAUGGGUCAGGAGGAUCCCAGCAGUGGACCUUUGGGAGGAAUAAUCGGCUGUACCAGGUGUCAGUCGGACAGUGCCUGAGAGCGGUCGAUCCACUGAGUCGCAGAGGCUUUGUUGCCAUGGCCAUCUGUGAUGGCUCCUCCUCACAGCAGUGGCAUUUGGAAGGUUAAGGUGGAUGCUGUGGCUGGAACGGUGAUUUGUCAUGCUUGUCCUCAACAUGGAGACGCCUGGGACACUAGUAGAGGUGAGACAGCAGACACAGUAGAGGUCGCAGCCCCGAGUGACCAUCGGGAGGUGAAGAAGUAUGGUUCACCAAGAGGUUCAGGUCAUUUCUCAACUGCUGUUAAGGAAUUUCUUGCUUAUGGUAGGAAAGCAGAAUGCAGUUUUAACUCUCUAAAGAGUCAGGUUUGUAUAGAAGGAUAAAGCCCAGGAAAUUGAGAUGUCUAUUCAAAUUUAUUUAUGCUUCCUUUUAAUCCCCUUAAAUAAUGAAGUGGCGUUUAUCUGAUCAGGAACUUGUCAUGAUUUCCUUUCUUAGAAGAUUUUGUAGAUGACAGUUAAUUUUUUUUUUAAUUUCUAAUACCAUGUUCUAAAUAGUUUUAAAUAAACUGAUUGAAUCCACAUUACAUUUAACUUCAGAAGGCAUCAUUUAUAAGAUUAUAUUUAAGAGAGUUAACUAUUAUAAAUUAUUUUG